CGCCGAGCCGGGCGGCCCGCCGCUGCCGCCCCCGCUGCGCGCCGGGCCGGCCCCGCGCCCGCGCCGCCCCGGGUCCAGCGGCCCGGCCGGCCGCCCGCGCCGCUUCGAGCCGCCCAUGGUGCAGCGCAUGUGGGCCGAGGCGGCCGGGCCUGCGGGCGGCGCCGAGUCGCUGUUUCCGGGCUCCCGGCGGAGCCGCAGCGUGUGGGACGCCGUGCGCCUGGAGGUGGGCGGCCCCGACAGCUGCCCGGUGGUGCUUCACAGCUUCACGCAGCUCGACCCCGACCUGCCGCGCCUGGAGAGCUCCACACAGGAGAUCGGCGAGGAGCUGGUCAACGGGGUCAUCUACUCCAUUUCCCUGCGGAAGGUCCAAGUGCACCACGGCGCCAACAAGGGCCAGCGCUGGCUCGGGUGUGAAAACGAGUCGGCCCUGAACCUGUACGAGACCUGCAAGGUGCGGACCGUGAAGGCGGGCACGCUGGAGAAGCUGGUGGAGCACCUGGUGCCCGCCUUCCAGGGCAGCGACCUCUCCUACGUCACCAUCUUCUUGUGCACCUACCGAGCGUUCACCACCACCCAGCAGGUCCUGGACCUGCUGUUCAAGAGCAGGUACGGUAGAUGUGACGCCCUCACGGCCUCCUCUAGAUACGGGUGCAUCCUUCCCUACUCCAGUGAGGACGGCGGACCCCAGGACCAACUCAGAAAUGCCAUCUCCUCCAUCCUGGGCACCUGGCUGGACCAGUACUCGGAGGACUUCUGUCAGCCCCCCGACUUUCCCUGCCUCAGGCAGCUGGUGGCCUACGUGCAGCUCAACAUGCCCGGCUCCGACCUGGAGCGCCGGGCCCACCUCCUCUUGGCCCAGCUGGAGCAUGCGGACCUCGGCGAGGCAGAGCCAGAGGCUCUGUCCCCAGCUCCAGUUCCAGCUCUGAAACCAGCUGCUGAGCCAGAGCCCGCCCUAGGCCCAGACCUCGAGCCAGCCCCGGCACGGGCCCCGGAGCCAGCCCCGACGCCAGCUCCGACGCCGCCUCCAGAGCUCGAGCCGGCUCUCUCGCAAGCUCUAGAGCUCGAGCCAGCUGCAGCCCCAGAGCCCCCCUGGCCUUUGCCCGUGGCCGCAGAGAACGGGCUGGGGGAGGGGAAACCCCACCUCCUGGCGUUCCCUCCUGACCUGGUGGCGGAGCAGUUCACGCUGAUGGACGCGGAGCUGUUCAAGAAGGUGGUCCCCUACCACUGCCUGGGCUCCAUCUGGUCCCAGCGGGACAAGAAGGGCAAGGAGCACCUGGCCCCCACCGUCCGUGCCACCGUCACCCAGUUCAACAGCGUGGCCAACUGUGUCAUCACCACCUGCCUCGGGGACCGGAGCGUGUCGGCGCGCCACCGGGCCAGGGUGGUGGAGCACUGGAUCGAGGUGGCCAGGGAGUGCCGGGUCCUCAAGAACUUCUCCUCCCUCCACGCCAUCCUCUCUGCCCUGCAGAGCAACUCCAUCCACCGGCUGAAGAAGACGUGGGAGGAGGUCUCCAGGGACAGCCUCCGCGUCUUUCAGAAGCUGUCGGAGAUUUUCUCAGACGAGAACAACUACUCCCUAAGCAGAGAGCUGCUCAUCAAGGAGGGGACCUCCAAAUUUGCCACCCUGGAGAUGAAUCCCAAGCGAGCCCAGAGGCGCCCGAAAGAGGCGGGUGUCAUCCAGGGCACCGUUCCCUACUUGGGCACGUUCCUCACGGACCUAGUGAUGCUGGACACUGCCAUGAAGGACUAUCUGUAUGGGAGACUGAUCAACUUCGAGAAGAGGAGGAAGGAAUUCGAAGUGAUCGCCCAGAUCAAGCUGCUCCAGUCGGCCUGCAACAAUUACAGCAUCACACCCGAAGAGCACUUCGGGGCCUGGUUCCGGGCCAUGGAGCGGCUCAGCGAGGCGGAGAGCUACACAUUGUCAUGCGAGCUGGAGCCCCCCUCCGAGUCGGCCAGCAACACCCUCAAGGUCAAGAAGAACACGGCCAUCGUCAAGCGCUGGAGCGACCGCCAGGCCCCCAGCGCGGAGCUCAGUACCAGCGGCAGCUGCCACUCCAAGUCCUGUGAUCAACUCAGGUGCGGCCCCUACCUCAGCAGCGGGGACAUUGCUGACGCACUCAGCGUCCACUCGGCUGGCUCCUCCAGCUCCGACGUGGAGGAGAUCAACAUGAGCUUCGUCCCAGAGUCCCCCGACGGCCAGGAGAAGAAGUUCUGGGAGUCGGCCUCCCAGUCGUCCCCGGAGACCUCCGGCAUCAGCUCGGCCUCCAGCAGCACGUCCUCCUCCUCAGCCUCCACCACGCCCGUGGCCAGCACGCGUACCCACAAGCGCUCCGUGUCCGGGGUCUGCAGCUACGGCUCCUCACUGCCCCUCUACAACCAGCAGGUGGGCGACUCCUGCAUCAUCCGGGUGAGCCUGGACGUGGACAACGGCAACAUGUACAAGAGCAUCCUGGUGACCAGCCAAGACAAGGCUCCGGCUGUAAUCCGCAAGGCCAUGGACAAACACAACCUGGAUGAGGACGAACCCGAGGACUAUGAGCUGGUGCAGGUUAUUUCAGAUGAUCGGAAGCUGAAGAUCCCUGACAACGCCAACGUGUUCUACGCCAUGAACUCUACCGCCAACUAUGACUUUGUCCUAAAGAAACGGACCUUCACCAAGGGGACAAAGGUCAGGCAUGGAGCCAGCUCGACCCUCCCCCGCAUGAAGCAGAAGGGACUCAAGAUUGCCAAGGGCAUCUUCCCUUAGCUGCCAGCCACAGAGCCACCCUUUCCAGGGUCUGGCUAGCCAGGCAACUAAGCACUUAAAGACUCCGGUGAGCCAGGCCAGGCGGACACGUCUGCCCGACCCGCCCAGCCCAGGCCACCUCCAGACUCGUUUCACCCCAAACCUCCCCUGGUGCCGGGAUUGACGCCUGCCUGCCGAUGGGCUGACCUGGCCUCCCGUGGACCACUCGCUGCCUUAGGUGCCUUCUGCUGUCUGGAACCAGAGGACUAGCUGAACCUUUGCCAAGGAGCGCGGCCAGUGGGCGCGGAGCCCUGCUUGCCGCCGGGCCCGGGCCCCCCGCACACCUCCCGCACGCCCUCCCAGGUGUGGACCACUGCCACCUGUGCCCGUGGGCACCCCAGGGCACCCACUUCUCCACCGGGUCUCACCACUGCAGUUCUCUCCUCCCACCACUCUGGCCUUGUCUCAGGCUGCACCAAAGAGUCCAUCAUCAGGGCCAACCGAAGGUGAGGGAGUCUCACCCACUGCCCACUCCAGCCCUCCCCCGGGAGAGGAGAGAGAGAGAGAGACCCGCUUCACGGACCAGACUCUCUAACUGGUGAGUGAGGAUGGUCUCGGGCGAGUCCCACUGAUGUCGGAUCUCCUGACCCUGCAAGUACUGUUCGCCGCUGCAUCCUGGGCUUAACGAGACCACACGAGACAGGGGUUAGUGGGAAAAGGAGGGAUUGGGGGGAGGGGAGGGGGACUGAAUAUUUGUAUAAAAGGUGAAAGCAAAAUGUUUACCAGUUGGGGAGGGGCAAUAUUUAUUUGUUGUAAAUAGCAAAUGCUAGACUUGAAUCUUAUAUUAAAAUCCUGUUUCUACUAUA